AUGGCUGCUCAAAGGUUACUCACAGAUACCAAUGGACCAUAUUAUGGAAAUGGUAGUGGAAAUUUUUCGACGACAAACGGUCCCGAUGGUAAUAGCAAUAUUUAUUCCUCAACAUUUAGUAAUGAAACUUCUCCACCACCACCAGUUCCUCAUCAUUUACAAAGUCUUCUUGGCCCUGUCAAUGAAUCUCCAUCAACUGCCAAUCAUGCGAACAGUAUUAAUGUCGAUAAUCAGCUCAAACAACAGAAAGAUAUGAUAUACAGCCAUCCAUUAUUUCCGUUAUUGGCAUUAAUCUUUGAAAAAUGUGAAUUAGCAACUUGUACACCAAGAGAUCCAGGUGGACCAGGAGAUGUUUGUUCAUCGGAAUCAUUUAAUGAUGACGUUGCAGAAUUUACUAAACAGCUUCAAAAAGAUCCAAAUUAUAUAACAACCAAUCCUGAAUUAGACAAUGUGAUGGUUCAAGCAAUACAAGUAUUACGAUUUCAUCUCCUCGAAUUAGAAAAAGUUCAUGAAUUAUGCGAUAAUUUUACUCAUCGUUAUAUAACAUGUUUAAAAGGAAAAUUACCAAUGGAUUUAGUAAUCGAUGAACGUGAUUCAAAUGUUUCAUCAUCAAAAUCAGGUGAUGAUGAUGAUCAAGAUGAUGAUCAAACAAGUCCACAACCACCAUCCGGACAUCCACCACAACCACCAACAAGUUCAUCACGUUCAUCAUCUUAUAAUCAACAUAGUCCAGAUGGUUCAACAACACCAUCAACAUAUAAUCUUAGUCAUCAAGCUAAAUCUCUUCGAUCAUCGUCACAUUGUUCAUCGAUGGCAACAACUUCACAAUUGACACCUCUUGUUUCACCCCAUCAUCUUGGUCAUCCAUCUCAUCAUCAUCAUCAUCAUCUUCUUCAACCACCACCUUUACCACCUCCACCAACACAUUUUCAACAGCAAUUACCUCUACCACCUCCACUACCACCACAUCCAUCUUAUUCAAAUCAUCUUGUUGGUCAUCAUCCAUCACUUUUAAAUCAUUUAUCUCAACAACAACAACAACAACAACAACAACAUUUUCAUCAACAACAAAAUAAUCUUUUGCCAAAUCAUCAUUCAAUUCAUAAUGAUGAUACACAAUCGACACAUUCUUCGUCAGAUACAAAUACUCCAAAUACACAUCAAACUGUAAUGACUAAUAUGGCAAAUACCAAUAAUGGUUAUCAUGUUUUACAUGAUAACAACAGUGAAACGGGUGACAAUUUUGAUAACAGUGUUGGUUCAGGGGGUGACAAUACAGGUGGAGAAGAUGAUCUUGAUGAUAAUUCAAAAAAACGUCAAAAAAAACGUGGUAUUUUUCCAAAAGUAGCAACAAAUAUUAUGCGAGCAUGGCUAUUUCAACAUUUAACUCAUCCGUAUCCGUCCGAAGAACAAAAGAAACAAUUGGCUCAAGAUACUGGUUUAACAAUUUUACAAGUUAACAAUUGGUUUAUCAAUGCCAGACGUCGUAUUGUACAACCAAUGAUUGACCAAUCAAAUCGUGCUGCGUCUAUCCCAACUGAAUUUUCUGAUUGCUUUGGUCCAUAUUCUCCUGAUGCAGCUGCAGCGGCUGCUAUGCAUUAUCAGUUUGGUGGAGGUUAUCCAACAACACCUCAUGAUAUAUUUGGAUCUUAUGCUCAGAUGUCACAAUUUCGAAAUCCAAUGAUGAUGAUGUAUCCAGGUGGUUAUCCUGUGUCAUCAAGUCCUAAUAGUAUGAUGGAUCAAAUGGGUCAUCAUCAUCAUCAACAACAAGAAUCAUCUGCAGUCACAAGUGGAGCUGCUUAA